AUGUCCAAACCUUCAGACCACAUCAAGAGGCCCAUGAACGCCUUCAUGGUAUGGUCCCGGGGCCAGCGGCGAAAGAUGGCCCAGGAAAACCCCAAGAUGCACAAUUCGGAGAUCAGCAAACGCCUAGGCGCGGAAUGGAAGCUUCUGUCCGAGGCAGAGAAGCGGCCGUACAUCGACGAGGCCAAGCGCCUGCGCGCCCAGCAUAUGAAGGAGCACCCAGACUACAAGUACCGGCCGCGGCGCAAGCCCAAGAACCUACUCAAGAAGGACAGGUAUGUCUUCCCCCUGCCCUACCUGGGCGACACGGACCCGCUCAAGGCGGCCGGCCUGCCCGUGGGGGCCUCCGACGGCCUCCUGAGCGCGCCCGAGAAAGCCCGGGCCUUCUUGCCGCCCGCCUCGGCACCCUACUCCCUGAUGGACCCUGCGCAGUUUAGCUCGAGUGCCAUUCAGAAGAUGGGUGAAGUGCCCCACACCUUGGCUACCGGCGCGCUGCCCUACGCGUCUACCCUGGGCUACCAGAACGGCGCCUUCGGCAGCCUCAGCUGCCCCAGUCAGCACACGCACACUCACCCGUCCCCCACCAACCCCGGCUUCGUGGUGCCCUGUAACUGUACGGCCUGGUCUGCCUCUACCUUGCAGCCUCCGGUCGCCUACAUUCUCUUCCCUGGUAUGACCAAGACUGGCAUAGACCCUUAUUCGUCAGCCCACGCCACUGCCAUGUAA